AUGGACCCUGCCAAGGAACGCAAUAAGCACCCUCCAUAUAUCGCGGCAUCUUCUAGAUUCCGCAAGAGCCUACUACGACCACAUCAUCGUCGGCGGCGGCUUGGCCCGGCUCAACCCUCGAUCGUGCCCUCCUCCCGCGGAACCAUCACUUUAGCCUCGACAGAUUCCGCCGCUGCCCCGCUCAUCGAUCCGAAUUACUACGCCACGGAGGUGGAUCGCGUCACGCUCCGCGCGGGGAACGGGCAGGUGAAUCGGUUGAUGCUGGAUACGCCGCAGGGGAAAGAGAUGGUGACGGCGGAGGUCGAUGAGGCUUUUCGGAAGGGCGGCAUGACGUUUUAUCAUCCGGCGGGAUCGGCGGCGUAA